GGUAUUCGUUUUUAAAAUCGAAUCUUUUUCUCAACUUUUUUGUUUGUGUGAAUGCGAAUGAUAAUGAUGUUUCCGUUAUUUCUGAUGUGCAAAUAAAAAAACUAGACGCAUUAGAACUUCGCCUUGAAAUGGAGAUUAAAAAAACAACAGCUCUUGAGGAAAAGCUUGAAGCAAAAACAAAUGAGCUACGAUGGCAAACCAACUAUCUUAAAGAGCAACUUCAUAGGGAAUCACUGAAAACCCAAAUCCUUUCAGAGAAACUUGAUGAUUUUCUCGGAUUGGGUCAAAGUCGACAAGACAAUCGAACAAAGAGACAUUUAGCGAAUGCUGCAACAAAUAUCGGCUUCUCAGCCUUUCUGACCCAUGACUUGUGGUUUGCCGGUGCUGACCAUAAAGUGCAGUUUGGGGGCGUUGUAUUGAACGACGGAAAUGCUUACAACUCAUUUACUGGAGUCUUCACGGUGUCUGUCGACGGGGUUUACUUCAUUACAGCUACGUUGGGGUCACAAAUGGCCCAUCGUCAAUGGUUCAAGAUUGUCGUAGAUGGUAGUCUGGUAUCGACCAUUGUUAUUACGCCGUUUGAAGAUUGGACACAUUCUAUGGGAAGUAAUGUGGUUCUUAUUCGUCUCCGUCGAGGACAAAGUGUUUGGGUUGCCGUAGAUUCAAAGGAAUCAGGUGACUAUCUUCAAGGUGGCGAUGGCGUUCGUGCAUCAACCUUUUCAGCAUUUUAUCUCUACCCGUGAUUGAUUUGUGUUUGUAAACAUCCAACAAUUAUUUUGUUAUUCAUGAUAAGCUAUAUCAUGCACUAGAAAUAACGGUUUUCAAUGUCGAAUAUUAGUAAUAUAAUACCAAUAUAAUACCAAAAUGUGCUGUGCAUGCUUUUGUUUAAAAUUGUGAAAAUGGAAAAUUUCUCAGAUUUCUUGAUAUGUUUUACCUACAAAAACAUGUCACCAUAUUAAGUACAACAGUCUAUAUUCCUUUUAGAGUCGAAAAAUGAACUCAUGGAUCUUUAGGAUACUUUGUUAAAAUUAACACUUACUCGAAAAUACUAAUACACCAUGUAACUGUAACACUGAAAAGGGUAAUAUUAUAUUAUCAUUGCAACAUGAAGGCUGAAUAAAUUUACAUACCGUUA